AAUAUAAUAUAACAUCCAUUAUAGAUUCCAAUUUCCAUCUUGACAUGGCAGCAUACGAAAAAGAAGGACCGCUUUAUCUCAGCACAUUCUUCGCUAUCAGCUAUGGUGUUGGCUUUGCUGCAUUAACUGCUACUAUUGUACAUGUUGCAUUGUUCCAUGGAAGAGAAAUUUGGGAACAAAGUAAGGCUAGUUUUCAAGGGAAGGAGAUGGAUAUACACACAAAGCUUAUGAAAAGAUAUAAACAAGUUCCAGAAUGGUGGUUUGUGCUUAUUCUUAUGGUUAACAUUGCAACCACCAUUUUUGCUUGUGAAUAUUACAAUGAACAACUUCAGUUGCCAUGGUGGGGUGUUUUAUUAGCUUGUCUAAUUGCCAUUGUUUUCACUCUUCCAAUUGGGAUCAUUACUGCCAUCACAAAUCAGUCACCUGGGUUGAACAUCAUUACUGAGUACAUCAUCGGAUAUAUUUAUCCCGGAUAUCCAGUUGCAAAUAUUUGCUUCAAGGUGUAUGGAUAUAUAAGUAUGACUCAGGCCAUUACAUUCUUGCAAGACUUCAAGCUCGGCCAUUACAUGAAAAUUCCUCCUAGGACAAUGUUUAUGGCCCAGAUAGUGGGAACUCUCAUAGCUUGUUUUGUCUAUUUGGGAACUGCAUGGUGGUUAAUGGAAACCAUACCUGACAUAUGUGAAUCAUCCUCAACUAGAGUGUGGACAUGUCCAAGUGAUAGAGUGUUCUACGAUGCAUCUGUGAUUUGGGGUCUGAUAGGGCCUAGAAGAAUUUUUGGAGACUUAGGGACAUACGAAGCAGUAAAUUGGUUUUUCCUUGCAGGGGCAAUUGCUCCGCUUAUUGUAUGGUUGGUGUCUAAGGUAUUUCCGAACCAACAUUGGAUUCGACUAAUCAAUAUACCGGUAUUAAUUGGUGCUACUGGAAUGAUGCCACCAGCUACCGCAGUCAAUUACACUACAUGGGUUUGCAGUUUCCUCUCUGGGUUUGUUGCAUAUAGAUAUAAACCUCAUUUGUGGCAGAGAUAUAAUUAUGUUUUAUCUGGAGCAUUAGAUGCUGGACUUGCCUUUAUG